AGCUCUUAAGAUCAGAAGAUAUUUGUGGUGAAAAUAUUCGUUCAAAAUGACUCUUUUAACGCCAUAUUGGAGUCUGGAUAUCCUCAUCGUUUCCUCGUCCUUGAUGAUAGCCGCCUAUUUGUUCAUGACUCGGAAAUUCAAAUAUUGGUCGAGAAAAGGCGUUAUGGAGAUUACUCCUACACCCUUCUUUGGCAACUUUGCAGAUUGCGUAUUGUUAAAGAAAUCACCUUCAGAAUUUAUAAGGGAGUUGUACGAACAAAGCGAAGGAUUACCUUUCAUGGGCUUUUAUAUUUUCGACAAACCGUUCCUCUUAAUUCGUGAUCCUGAACUCGUGAAACAAAUCUUGGUGAAAGAUUUUAAUAUAUUUGCGAAUAAACACGUGUCAGCUGAUAGUAAAAAUGAUCGUAUUGGAUAUUCAAAUCUGUUCGUAAUAAAGAAUCCCGCAUGGAAAUAUCUGAGAGGGAAACUUACGCCGAUCUUUACCUCGGGCAAGCUAAAAAAAAUGUUCGAACUAAUGUUGAUAAUCGGUAAAAAUCUGGAGAAACAUCUGGAAUCAUUGAAUUUGGAUGGCAAUGGAAAAGAAAUAGAAGUAAAGGAUCUUUCUGCGAAUUUCACCACUGAUUUGAUCGCUAGCACUGCGUUUGGAGUGGAUUUGAAUUCAUUGAAGGAUCCGAAUGCCGAUUUCCGUGUAUAUGGCAGAUUGAUCUUCGAUUACAAUAUUAAGCGCGCCUUCGAUUUCAUUUUAAUAUUCUUCUUCCCUAAUUUGACCAAAUAUUUCUCUAUAAAAUUUUUCGGAAAAGCGACAAACGCCCUCCGAAAUACUUUUUGGAGAAUGAUCAACCAACGAAUCGAAUCGAAUGUAAAAAGAAACGAUCUUAUCGAUUGUCUGAUCGAAAUGAGAGAGAAACACAAGAAUCAGGAAAGUUUCGAAGGUUUCAAAUUCGAUGGAGAUGAUUUAGUUUCUCAAGCGGCUGUCUUCUUCACCGGUGGAUUCGAAACAUCCUCCACUACCAUAUCUUUUACAUUGUACGAAUUGGCAUUGAACCAAGACGUACAAAAAACUCUCAGAACUGAGAUUCAUGACGCUCUAGUGCAAACUGAUGGAAAAAUCACAUAUGAUAUGAUAAUGAACUUACCGUAUUUAGAUAUGGUAAUAUCGGAAACUCUUCGCAAAUAUCCACCUCUAGGAUUCUUGGAUCGAGUCGCUCUUCAGGAUUACAAAAUAGCCAAUUCUGAUGUGACGAUAGAGAAAGGUACUCCUAUAUUCAUUCCUAUGAUUGGUUUUCACUACGAUCCUAAGUAUUUUCCAAAUCCAGAAAAAUACGAUCCUCUCAGAUUUUCCGAGAAUGUUAAAAGAUCUAGGCCAAAUUUCGUAUACAUACCUUUCGGCGAGGGACCUCAUAUUUGUAUCGGUAUGCGAUUAGGACUUUUACAAUCGAAGCUUGGAAUUAUUGAAAUAUUGAAAAAUUAUGAAAUUUUACCAUGCGAGAAAACAAGAAUCCCAAUGGUUCUGAAUCCCAAAGCACUCACAACAACAGCAUUAGGAGGAUUAUACCUGAACAUUCGAAAGAUCACGACCGCGGCUGGUUAAAUUCUUACCAAUUGUAGAAUAUAUUUAACUUUUCAUUUAUAAUUAUUCUAAUAUUUUUGAUCAAUUAUUAUUUUAUUUUUAAUAAUUUUUAUUUUUUAAUGAAUUUUAAAAAACUAAGCGUAAUAUUAGUUUUAAAAAUUGUAAAGAUCGACGAUUAUUCAAAUGAAAAUAUUCAAAUAUAUGAAAUUUUAAUUUAUAUAUCAUUAGGAGGAGAAGAAAAUAUAAUAUGUACGCAGGGAACAGAGUUGCGUUUGUUUCACUUACGCGGUCACGUAUAUGUAUUUAUUUCAUUCACUUAUUCUCAUUUACAAAAGAGACUAACCGGCCGAUCGUGGCCCGUGCGCAUGUAACCGCUGUUUAUCUUACAAUUAAAUCUCUGUAAUAUAUUAGUACGACACCUUAGAGUUAAAUUGGAAUGGCGGAUACCGUGCGGUAUCCCGGCACCAAGUUUGAGCGCGUUUGUUCGAAAAUGACAUUCGACAUUUACCCACAAAUUAACCAUGACUGGUUAUGUACGGUCGGCACUACGUAUAGAGAGAAACAUCGAAUAUUAGUAGAUUGUUGAUUCCACGUUAUUCCGACUCGAGAAGAGAUAGAAUCAAUUGUACGAAAUAAUCUUUCGAUUCCUGACAAAAUUCUAUUUACAUCUCUCUCUCGGUUUAUAAGAAAAAUUAUAUAAUUACUUCUUCGUAAUUCUUCUCGGUUAAUUGUCGAGUAUUUUAUGUAGAUUCAGUAUUCAUUUUUAUAAUUUAAUAUUCAAUGUUAAUUUAAAUACUUUUUUAAUAAUAAUAAUUAAAAGAGAUGAAUGAACAGGGAAUCGUUAUGUCAUGGAAUCUAUCAAUUAUAUUUAUUCAUACCGACCAAGCGCAGAAUUGUGCGAAUAUAUACGUUUUCUUUUAUUUUUUUUUUUUUUUUUUUUUUUUUUUUUUCAUUUGUUUAUUGCAGACAAACAAUACGAUCGAUCGUCAUCGUCGAACAACGCACGAACAUCGAGUGUACACGCCUCUGCAACGUGUUUGAAUUUGUUCCACGAUAGUUUUACACACAUAAUAACUAUACAAUUCGUCGUUUACAAUAUUUUGACUCGCCCGCGAGCUUAGUUGUUGUUUCACGUUCUUCGUUUUAUAAUUCUUUCUCGCCAGGUAAAUACACAUUAUACAUACAUAUAUCUAGAAUCAUUUUUUGUUCGUCACAUCGCUCAUAUAUCUUGACCCGUUUUCUCUUCUUUUUCUUCUUCUUCUUCUUCUUCUUCUUGUUUUUCUUCUCCUCCUCCUUUUUCUUCUUCUUUUUUUUUUUAUUAUAAUUAUCGCUGUUUUUCUCUUUAUGAUAAUUUUGCAAAUCUACGUUCACUUGCGCGCCGUUUAAAAUCUAACGUGGAUUAGCGAUACGACG